AUGCAUUCCCUCCCCGUUCACCAAGUUCCCAUCGACACUCCUCACCCAUCUGAAAUCCUCCAAUUACCCGCAGGCGAGAAGGGCUACCACUGGAUCCUAUCCGAUGCGGAAAGAAAUCAUAUCGCAGAGAUGCUCGAUGUGGAGGACAAAUCCCUUCUCACUCUGCGUGGCAACCGCAUGAUGCGAGAGCGUGCCGUCUGCUCCGGCUGCGGCAAGCACUCCGGGCUCGACGACCUCGUCCACAACGCUCUGUAUGCCGGCAUCCACGGCAAGGUGUUCAUGUUGGACGUAUUGGUGCACGGACCUAAGGUUGAUAGUCCUGGGCAUGUAAUCACUUGCUCCGGCUGUGGAUCGGUCCAUGAUGGCUUGUUCUUGUGGAUUCCAUCUCUACCCUGGUGA